AGAGCAAUGUAGUUAGUGAGUGAACUGACGCAUGCGCAUAACGUUGUGACAGCUAGGACGCUAAAUCGACAACCGAGUGAAUCCAUCGUGCCUCCAAUCGGUUUUCAUCCGUCACCAUGGCUGAUAAACCAAAUGCUCAGAAAAGUGUCAAAAUAGCAGCGGGAGCCGUGGUUUGUGUUGAAAGUGAAAUUAGAGGAGAUGUCACCAUAGGCCCAAGGACAGUAGUCCACCCAAAGGCACGCAUCAUCGCAGAGGCAGGACCCAUCGUGAUCGGAGAGGGCAAUUUGAUCGAGGAACAAGCUCUGAUCAUCAAUGGUUACCCAGAAAACAUCACACCAGAGUCUGAGGUGGAACCAAAGACGAUGACCAUCGGCAUGAACAACGUGUUUGAAGUCGGCUGUGUAUCACAAGCUCUGAAAAUUGGCGACAACAAUGUGAUUGAAUCCAAAGCCGACGUUGGUCGGAAUGUGAUCCUCACGAGUGGCUGUAUCAUCGGAGCCUUUUGUCAGGUCAACACCUGUGAGGUCAUCCCGGAGAACACGGUCAUCUACGGCUCUGGAUGCAUGAGACGGGUUCAGACGGAGAGACCGCAGCCUCAGACUCUUCAACUCGACUUUCUGAUGAAGAUUUUGCCGAACUACCACCAUCUGAAGAAGACAGUCAAAGCCAGCCACAAUGCCAGCUAGAAGUGGCCUCAAUGCUUUGAGUUGACUCUGUAAAUGGCUAGCAAAACCAUGUUUAAAUAGGCAAUUCAGGAAUGAAGUGCAAAUGUAUAUAAUGUGUAUCUAGCAGUAUCGUUGAGACAUUUUCUACUCUAACCACAAAGCAUUUCAUCUUCAUGCACCCCUUUCUAUGAGUGAGUGAGUGAUUAAAUAAACAUUUAUGGCCAUGGUG